AUGGAUGAUUACGUUGCAGAUCUCAAGGUAUGGCUCAGUGGUUCCAUCACCUACCAAGAGACUUGCUUGGAUGGUUUCGAAAACACCACCGGCGACUCAGGCGAGAAAAUGAGGAAGCUUUUGAAAACCUCUGCAGAGCUCUCGAGCAACGGUCUUGCCAUGGUUUCCGAGCUUUCCCAGCUCCUUUCUUCCUUGCAAAUCCCGGGUCUUAACCGUCGUCUCUUGUCUGAUGACUCUGAUAAUGAUUAUCCUUCAUGGGUCAAUUCUGGAAACAAGAAGAUGCUCCUCCAGGCCACUCCGGCGACGAUCAAACCCAAUGCGGUGGUUGCUAAGGAUGGCAGUGGACAAUAUAAGACAAUCAAUGAUGCUUUGAAGGCUGUCCCACAGAAAAACAACCAGACCUUUGUGAUUUUCAUUAAGGCUGGUGUUUAUAAUGAGUAUAUUGACAUUCCUAGGCGCACCAACAAUGUUAUGUUCCUCGGAGAAGGUCCAACCAAAACCAGGAUCACCGGGAACAAGAACUACGUCGAUGGAGUUGGCACUUACAAGACUGCAACAGUUGCCGUGAAUGGAGAUCAUUUCAUUGCCAAGGACAUUGGAUUCGAGAACUCCGCAGGAGCAAUCAAGCACCAAGCCGUGGCACUUCGUGUGUCAGCCGACAUGGCCAUCUUCUACAACUGCAAUUUGGACGGUUACCAAGACACCCUCUACGCUCACUCCUACCGCCAAUUCUACCGUGACUGCACCAUCACCGGCACCAUUGACUUCAUCUUCGGCGACGCUGCCUCUGUCUUCCAAAACUGCAAGAUGAUCGUCAGAAAGCCAAUGGACAACCAGGCCUGCAUGGUCACAGCCCAAGGAAGAAAAGACAAGCGUGGACUAGGCGCUAUUGUCCUCCAGAACUGCUACAUCACGGCUGAGCCGGCAUUCAUCGCCGCCAAAGGACAGUUCCAGUCCUACCUCGGACGGCCAUGGAAGGAAUUCUCGAGAACCAUUGUCAUGCAGUCUUUCAUUGAUAGCACCAUUGAUCCUACAGGUUGGGCACCAUGGGUUGGUACUUUUGGACUUGACACAUGCUUCUAUGCUGAGUUUAACAACAGAGGACCUGGUGCUGGCCUUGCGACGAGAGUGACAUGGAAGGGUAUUAAGAAGCUAACUCCACAAGCAGCUAUGGGUUUCACUCCAGGACAAUACAUUGAAGGAGAUGCUUGGAUUAAGCCCACUGGCAUUCCUUAUGAUUCUGGCAUGAUGAAAGUGUAA